CUCGGUCACCGUUUCCCGGUCAGUCAUCGUCAGUGCGUGAUCGUGAUCGGUUGAUCGGUUCUGUUCUGGCUCGCUUGGUACUUCCGCAAGCGGUCGUGAUACUGUGUGUGCGUGCGUGCAUGUGUUCGAAGGAAAGAAGAUCACUUUGACGGAUAAUGUGCGAUUAUGCUUAGAGAUGCUCGUAGGGUAGCGGUCAUCCGUCAACAUCAUCUGGUGGAUUAAUUCCCGCAAAACGGAACAGGCGAUUGUGCGAAUAGUUGAAAAAGAAGAAAAAAAACAUCGGCACCAGUUGAUGGAAUUUGCAGACAUGCUAGUUGCGAAAAUAAAACGCGCCCUGCAAAGCUAAUUAACAUUCCGCAAAAGCUUACUGCUCCACCCGAACGGAUUGCAGCUGUCAGUGACUAAUCUUAGCAAUUGCUGAGAGAUUUAAGCUAAAAUUGUCUACAGUAGCUCAAUUUGUAUUUAAAUUCUAAUUGGACAGUGUAGACUAGUAGGAUUGUCCUCUUGCAGGAAAUUGUGAUAGCCAUUCGAUCUAGUGCUCCAUAGUUUUGAUCUAGCCCCGGUAGUGCGUGCAUUAAAUCGUGUAUGUGUGUCGUCUGCCCGUGUUCCCUUUCCGUGUUUUGUGCGUGUGUAUCUCGUUAAAGUGUUUCUGUGUCCGUGUAGCUUUUUGACGGUAGCUCCGUGGUUCAUGUUUAUGGAGCAGUGAAAAUUCCUAAAGCCCCGUCUACAACUAAAAAUCAAUGAUGGCUUCCAGGGAGCGAAGGAGUCGUCUGCCGCGCUGGACCGUAGCGAUGUUUGCCUUGGCAGCAGCAAUGGCAAUGGCCGUGCCGAGGACCGCCCUCGCCGAACUGUACGAGGACUGCGAGCAGCCGCCGGAAAUUGCCCACGGCUCGGCCCGGCUCACGGUAGACGACAACGAGGAGUAUGUGACGGCACACUACACCUGCAAGACGGGCUACCGGUUGCAGGAGCCACAGCUAGCCCAGCUUCGCUGCAGCAUCGAGACGGACGAGUGGGACUCGACGAAGCUGCCGGUGUGCAUACCAGACGAAUCACACGACCCGAAUGGAGCGGCAGCCAACCAGGCCGGAAACGGUAAGCGGAAGCCCGGUCAGCGCGCACAAAACAUACAGGAGGAAACUGACCUUGAUCCGGAACUGGCGGCCCGGCUGGACCUGUCCUGUAUGGCCCAGGGGCUCUUAAGGGCGCCCGAGAUCGACAACGGCUACGUGGUGAAAUACAACAGACGGAAGAAAGCGGGUAACAUCUUCCUGGUUGCAUAUUACGAGUGUGACGAUUAUUACGAGCUGCAGCCACCGGAGCAUGAUCGGCUGUACUGCAGUGGGAAGAAGUGGAUCGGCAAGCGACCGGAAUGCAUCUCCACCCGCACCGGCUCCGAGGAUGACGAGGAAGGCGAGGACGAGGAAGAAGAGGAAGAGGGAGAGGAAGAGGAAGAUUACGAAGAAGAAGGAGAGGAAGGCUCUGAACAACCAUCCGAGCAUGAUGAUCGAGUUCAUGAGCGAGUUACAUCUACAACGACAACCACACCGGCAACUACAACUACCACUUCUACUACGGAGCCAACAACAACUUCAACAACCGAACCAACAACAACCACCACUACAAUGACAUCAACAACGGAACACUCGACCACUACUUCCGAGGUGCCACACACGACAACAACGGAAGUGAACGUUCCGGACAAUUUAGCUGUUCUUGAAGCAGAACAUGAGACUCAUCAUCAUCGAUCGGCAACAGACUCGUAUGAAACAGAGGAGCAUGAGGAGGAUGAACCCGAGGAUGACGAAGAAGGUGAUGAUGAUGAGGAAAAUGAGCACGAUCACCGGGAAACUCACAAGGUAGACGAAAGUGACAACGAGGAAAUCGAACAGAGGAAACCCUUAGAGCAUCCGUCUUCAACGGCGACGACGACCACGACCACCACCACCACAGAGUCUACUGUGGUUCCAACGACUCCGCAGACGUAUGUGGCCGACUGUGGUCCCGAUCGUGGCGGUUGUGAUCACGAAUGUCGAAUGAUUUAUCACGGCAACGAGGUGGAACCGUUGGUAGAGUGUAGCUGCUACCGUGGAUUCCUGCUGGAUGCACGUGAUGGAAGAACUUGUCACGAUGUUGACGAAUGUGCGGAUAAUAAUGGCGGCUGUGAGCAGACGUGCAUCAACAAGCCCGGAUCGUACGAAUGUGGCUGCGAACCUGGGCUGCAAAUCGACACACUGAACGGGCAUACAUGCAUCGAUAUUGAUGAGUGUCAAAAUGAAGCCACGCUGGAACGAUGUGCUGAUGGGUGCGAAAAUACAUUCGGUUCUUAUCGCUGCCUGGAGCGUUCCAAACCGCACGAGGAUGACGAACCAGCGGAAGAAGAAGAAGAAGAAGAGGAAGAGGAAGAGGAAGAAGAAGGUGAAGGUGAAGAUGAAAGCGAAAAUGAGGACGGUGGCGAGCAGGAUCGCGAGAGUGAUAAGCACACGGAAGCGCAUAAUCGAUUGAGCGAAAAUGAAUUGCCUCAAGAAGCUCAUCAAUCAGUGGAAAGUGCCGGAAGCGAUGAGGAAACUUCACGCCACCGUGCGGAAGACAAUAGCGCGGAGCGGGAAAACGAGACCGAAGCGAUACCGGACGUGACAGUGCCACCGAUCCGUACCUCAACGCAUGCCCAUCGACAUCAUCACGGUGAGGAGCGGCCGCUGCCGGAGUCGGCGCAUGAAAACCGCGACCCGAUCGAUCUUGAAACCGAUCGAGAGGAAGAAGUCGAUGAAGCCGAGGAAGAGGAAGAUGAGCAUGAAGAGGAAGAAGAGGAUGACAGCGCGCCUGAACGGGUCGAUCGCGUUCAACAACCUACUCCAGUCGCUAGUUCAGGUGAUAGACACACAGCGAUUAGCACUUCCGAGGAGGAGCAGGACCGUGAGGACCAAGACUCAGACUAUGAUGAGGAGGAGGAUGAUGGCAGGGACGUGCGGCCUACCGUCCAAGUGGCACCGUCGGUUCAUUGCGAUGAAGGACUGCGAUGGAAUCCAACGGCAGGCACUUGUGAAGAUAUCAACGAGUGCGAGGAACAGGAACACGGGUGCGACUACUGCCAGAACGCGUUCGGAGGCUACCAGUGCACCUGUCCGGCUGGGUACGAGCUGGCUGACGACGACAAACACUGCCAGGAUGUGGACGAAUGUGCUGCGAGCGACGACGACGAGUUGGGCGAGGGAGGAUCAGCGUGUUCGCACGAGUGUCACAACACGGUCGGUUCGUUCGAGUGUCGCUGUCCGGUUGCGUUCCAUCUGAAUAACGAUCGGCGCACGUGCGUGCGAGACUUUUGCCAAGAUCUGUACGAAAACCCGAACAAAACGCGCUGCUCGCACGAGUGCGUAGACGAGGUGGAAGGUUUCCGGUGCCACUGCCCGGACGGCUACCUGUUGGAUGAGGUGGACCAGAAGACGUGCCGCGCGGAGGAGGGUUGCAACAAGCAUCAGCGAAGACACUGCGAACCGGGCCGGUGUCUGAGGAUGGAAAGCGACUAUCGGUGCGAGUGUCCCGAGGGGUAUGUGCAGGGUCAGCACAGCUGCCAAGAGCGGGAUGAGUGUAUGCCGGGGCAGCAUGACUGUAGCCACGAGUGUCACAAUACGCCCGGGUCGUACCGAUGUGCCUGUCCGGCAGGGUUAACGCUGUCAGCCGAUGGGAAGACGUGCGAUGACGUGAACGAGUGCGAGCGGGAAACGAACGAGCUGGAUGGGGUGUGUGGGGAUCUUGAGUGUCGCAACACGUACGGUAGUUACAAGUGCGUGUGUCCUGAGGGUCGGGAGCUGGACGAGUACGGUAUCUGCCGGCAGAUGGACCUGUGUCGGAAGGAUAAUGGGGGCUGCUCGCACAUCUGCACUUUCUACAAUAGGGAAACGUACUGCGACUGUCCGGACGAUAUGGAGCUGGCGGAGGAUGGCAAGACGUGCGAAACGAUGAACCUGUGCGGUGUGAACAAUGGAGGCUGUUCCCAUACGUGCGAUCAGGACAGUGAGACGGUGUGCUUGUGUCCGGCUGGCAUGGUGCUGGGGGGAGAUGGGCGUACCUGUGAGGAUGUGAACGAGUGUGAGAGGGACAAUGGUGGCUGUUCGCAGAGCUGUUUGAACUACGAGGGAGGCUAUCGGUGUAGCUGCUACGAAGGGUACGAGCUGGUCGAGUCGGAUAGACGCACAUGCGUCGAUCGGGAUGAGUGCGCGAAUGCGCGCGGUGGUGGUUGUGAUCACAACUGCCACAAUACGGCCGGUUCGUACUACUGCACGUGCCACGCAGGGUACAAGCUGGCGGAGAAUGCCCGAACCUGUAUGGAUGUGAACGAGUGCGAGGAACGGAACGGGAACUGUUCGCACGUGUGCAUCAAUCUGCUCGGCGGCCAUCAGUGUUCGUGUCCGAAGGGCCUGUUUCUGCAGGAGGACGAUCGAACGUGCGACUUUGUGGACGAGUGUGAGCUUAACAAUGGUGGAUGUUCGCACGGCUGCCACUACGAGUAUGGUGUGGUGAGCUGUUCCUGUCCGAAGGGCUUCCAACUCGACUCGGAGCAUCAGAAAACGUGCGUCGAUGUGGAUGAGUGUGCGUCGCGGGGCAAUGGUGGAUGUUCGCAUGAGUGUGUGAAUAGUCCGGGGUCGUACGAGUGCAGGUGUCCGGAUGGGUACGAGCUGCGGCAUGAUCGUCACGCCUGUCAGGAUGUGGACGAGUGUAUUGUGGAUAAUGGUAACUGUUCGAACAUCUGCAUCAAUCUGCCGGGCGGACAUCGGUGUGCGUGUGAGAUCGGAUACAGUCUGCAGGAUGAUCAGCGUACGUGCAGUGAUGUGGAUGAGUGUAAUGAUGGUACGCACGACUGUUCGCACCACUGUGUGAACGUGCCCGGCGCGUACGAGUGUGAGUGUCCGGUAGGGUUCAAGCUGGGACGGAACCGGUUAAGCUGCGAAGAUGUGGAUGAGUGUGAAACGCUACCUAACCGGGGUGACUGUGAGCAUCGCUGUAUUAAUACGAUCGGAUCGUACCACUGUGGAUGUGAGGAUGGCCAUCGGUUGGAAGCGAACAAUCGCACCUGCUCCGAUGUGGACGAGUGUAGCGAUGAGCUGAGAACGUGCACGCAUGAUUGUGUGAAUACGAAGGGCGGGUUUGUGUGUUCGUGCCCGUCCGGAUUGCGGUUGGACGUGGAUAGUGUGAGCUGUGUGGAUGUGGACGAGUGUCGUAUUAACAACUUCAACGCGGGUUGUUCGCAUAUCUGCGAGAACACGCACGGAAGCUUCGAGUGUCGGUGUCCAGAGGGUAUGGUGCUCGGGGACGAUCAGGCCACGUGCAGUGAUGUGGAUGAGUGUGCGGUACUGAACGGUGGCUGCAGCCAGCUGUGUGUGAACCGAGACGGUGGCUAUCGGUGCGGUUGUCAUCCGGGAUACAGUCUAAUGGCGGACGGGAAAGCUUGUGAGGUGUCGAAUCCGUGUGCGCUGAGGAAUGGCGGCUGUCAGCAUUACUGCAGCCUGAAGGGUGGACAGCCGGUGUGCUCGUGCCGGGAAGGGUACACGUUGAACAAAACGAACCAAGCGUCCUGCAUCGAUCAUAACGAGUGUCUGCAGGCAAAGGAUCACAACUGUCAGCAGCGGUGCGUGAAUUUGGAAGGAUCCUAUCGGUGCGAGUGUUACGAGGGGUACGAGAGGAACGAUCUUGGGCAGUGUAUCGACAUUAAUGAGUGUGCGAUCGACAAUGGUGGCUGUGGAGCGGGUGCACAGUGUGUCAAUACGGCCGGGGGUAGUCGGUGCGCUUGUCCGGUUGGGUUUAAGCUGACGCAGGACCGCAAACACUGUGCCAAGCUGACGGAUAACUGCAAACCGUUUGAAGCGCCGAGGAAUGCGGAGGUACGAUGUACACGAUCGCGCCACAAGACGCAACUGUUCUACCGGUCGAAGUGUAUCGUGACGUGCAAGAAGGGGUUCAAGCUGCACGGACCGUCCGUGCGGCACUGCAACGGAACGGGCGAAUGGGACGAAGGGGAGUCCAUCUGUGUUCCGCUCGCCUGUCCACGCUUGAGCAGACCGGAAAAUGGAGUCAUCCUGCCAGUUGCCUGUACGGCGGGCAAGAUCUUUUCCAGCGAACGUUGCGUGCUGCACUGUAAGCCUGGUUUUAAGCCCGCUGCAAGGCGUACUGCUGUCUGCAGUCUGGCGCAAACCUGGGUACCGGGAGACAAUCUGGCCUGUGUACCGCUGGACUCUUCAGUAGUGCCACCUAAACAGCUAACAACGACGACACCGACAACUGUAGCACCGGUUGCUAUUAAACCGUUCAUCCAGUGUCCGCCGGACGUGCACGAGGUACUACCGCUCGGACAGUACACGAUGAAGGUGCGCAUGGAGCGGCCGACGACGAAUGUCGACUGGCACAAGUACGUCGACUCGCAUCCACCGUGGGGCAAGCAGCUGGAGGUGGAGCUGCCGGCCGGUGAAACCAUCGUCACCUUCCGUGCCCGCAGCCCGACGGGCAAUGUGAAUGAUGUGUGCCGUGUGGUGAUUAAAAUAAGAGAAAGGAAACCUCCUACCGUCGUACACUGUCCCGAGUCGUUCGAAGUGCAGCUAGAGCGAGGCGAACCGUCCCGCUCAGUGUUCUGGACGGAGCCCAAGUUUGAGUCGCAAUCGGAGAUCAAGCAGCUCUACAAGUCCAACACACCGGGUCAGCCGUUGAGUGUGGGAUCGCACUACGUCAACUACAUCGCUACCGAUGCCGAUGGGUUAAGUGCCAACUGUAACUUCCGCGUCGUUGUUAAGGCCGCUCCGGUGGAGGUGCCGGAACCGCGGCGUCCCCUUGGUGCAGGUCGGCCGGCGGAAAUGAGCCGGCUGGAAAACCACGAAUCGUACCUCAUCUGUCCGGGCAAACCGCCCGUCAGGCUGGACGGCAACAACUAUCCCCGUCAUCAACAUCACCAUCAUCACCAUCAUCGACAACAACAGCUGCUGGAGCGACAGUGGCACCAGCAAUCGCAACAUAUCGAAUACCACAGCUACCAGCCGCUGCUUCAUCAUCAGCACCGUCAGCACGCACACCAUCAGGGGGGUCGGCAUGAACAGGACCCUCAGCAGAAUCGACAACAGCAGCAGCAGUACGACCAACGAUUGUCCCGGAACCAGUGGCAUUCGUCGUUCGUCGAGUCGGUCGAGCCGGGCCUGUCCGCCACGCAGCACAGAUUGAAUCAAAUCUCACCGCCAAAGCCGCUGCACGUCCCGCAAGGUUGCGUGGUGAAGAACAUCCGCAUCAAGCAGAAGCUGGCCCGAUUGCGCCAUCAGCAGCGAAUGCUGGCGCAGCAUCUUCAGCAUCUGGAGGAGUCGCCCAACGCGAGUCCGGCACUGAUACGCCAACAGCAUCAGCGUUACAAUAAUCUGCUUCGCUACUACUCCUCGUGGGAUAAGGUCUCGGCGGCGGUGGCGGCUACUUCUAGGCCACCGUUUUUUGCUCAGGACGGUGCUUCACCGUCGUCCUUGAGGGCCAUCCACUUGCCCCAGCGGCCACUGCAGCCACAGCCUACCGAGCCGAUGAGUGCAUCCCAUUAUCAGCAACAUCAUCAGCAGCAGCAUCAUCAGCAUCACAUGCAGCAACAGCCACGUCGCUGGCUGAAAAAGCGCAGUCGACCACACGCACAAGAAAAGAGUAGCGAUGAAGGUAAAAUCGAGGAAUAAGGGAGUCUAUUGCGAAGAGUAAUUGUUUCGUG